CUAGGCGCACAAGUUCCCGAGAUCGGACGUCGCAGGCGCUGCGGCAGGGUGCGCCGCCGCCGGCUGGCCGCUAGUGCUGCUAUCAUAAAGUGGCCCCCGCUCCUCGCGGCCUUCAGUCAAACCUGAGACCUGCGAACGCCAACACGCCUUCGCGACGCCCACUCUCGCAACGAACCGCCGAGACACAACACGCGAAGUGAACACUUGUGAGCGAGUCGCGCGCCCUUUCUCUCACGCAGUGUGAUCGUGCUCUGGUACGUGAAUGCAGAACCGGACUACUCUCUUAACACGAGACAUCACCGAUAGAUCCGUUUGGACAUUUAGCAUUACCCAGCAGCCGCCGAGGCCUGGCCUGCCACUCACCCGGACCCCGCCACGGACCCGCGGGGAUUUAUCAACGACUUCUAGAAACGACGAAAACGUAGGCAAAAGAGAUAACACGGCAUGACGGCUACUCACGGAGGCGGACGUGAAGAUGAACGUCCGGACAAAGAUUCUGUAUACACCAUCAAAAUCGGGUUCAAGAAUGAUGGUUAUCAGCACGACCGCGACUCGAACGAUGACAUAGUCAAACCCCCGCCUUUGCCCACCGAGGAGGACAACUACUCAACCGGAAAAGUAAAGCUUUCCAGGAACGAGAAAUGGAGAAUUCUAAAGAACGUGGCAGCGGUUAGCGCCGCAUUCAUGGUCCAGUUCACCGCUUUCCAGGGAACCGCAAACCUGCAAUCGUCGAUAAACGCCGCAGAUGGCCUAGGAACAGUCUCACUGAGUUCCAUCUACGCAGCCUUGGUAGUCUCGUGUAUAUUUGUACCAACGUUCCUGAUAAAAAGACUAACUGUUAAAUGGACCCUUUGCCUCUCAAUGAUAUGUUACGCACCAUACAUCGGGGCCCAGUUCUACCCGGCAUUCUACACGCUGGUGCCGGCGGGUGUUAUUGUAGGUCUGGGCGCAGCUCCUAUGUGGACUGCAAAAGCGACGUAUCUCACGCAAGCGGGUAGCGUUUACGCGAAGCUAACUGACCAAGCCGUUGACGGGAUUAUCGUGCGAUUCUUCGGCUUCUUCUUCCUAGCUUGGCAAACGGCUGAACUGUGGGGAAAUCUGAUCUCAAGCCUCGUGUUUUCAUCGGGAGAGCACAGCACAAACUCUACAGUCGUGGAUACCAACAAGACUGCCCUUACGUGUGGAGCUAACUUUUGCGUCAUAGGAGGUGGUCACCAUGACAACCAGAAUUUGCACCGACCACCGGACAGCGAGAUCUACGAAAUCAGUGCAAUUUACUUAUCCUGUGUCGUUGUCGCCGUCAUAAUGGUAGCCCUUCUUGUUGACCCAUUGUCUAGGUAUGGUGAAAAACAAAGGAAAGCUGAUCCAUCUAAGGAGCUCAGCGGUAUACAAUUGUUAUCUGCUACCGCUUAUCAGCUGAAGAAGCCAAAUCAGCAACUUCUUAUUCCAAUCACCAUCUGGAUUGGAAUGGAGCAAGCUUUUAUUGGAGCUGACUACACUCAGGCAUACGUCUCGUGCGUUCUCGGAAUUCGCUCUAUAGGCUACGUCAUGAUAUGCUUCGGCGUCGUCAACGCUCUCUGUUCGCUGGUAUUUGGUUCGGCCAUGAAGUUCAUCGGUAGAUUUCCCAUAUUGAUAAUGGGGGCCGCACUGCAUUUCGGCCUGAUUGUCUGGCUGCUUGUAUGGAAACCCGACCCCAGAUUUCCGACGGUGUUCUUCGUAAUUUCUGGACUGUGGGGUGUUGGAGAUGCCGUAUGGCAAACUCAAGUCAACGGCUUGUACGGUGUCCUGUUCAGGCGCAACAAAGAGGCUGCGUUUUCAAACUACCGCCUCUGGGAAGGCGCUGGUUUCGUUGUGGCUUAUGCCUACUCAACGCACCUGUGCGCCAGAAUGAAGCUUUACGUGAUGAUGGUGGUGCUCUUAAUCGGUGUCGUUGGAUACAUUAUAGUUGAAAUUCUACAUAAAAGGAAGGCUCUUCGUCAGAAGGCUAUCGCAGAGGACCCGGCAAUCGCCGCUCAAGCCGCCAAAGAACCACCAGAAGAAGACGACGAGAAGGAUGAAAUUGACGACGAAAUCGUCAUCACUCACCUGUAAAGCCAUGGCUGCUUGUCUCGGGCUGUACCGGGACGCAGCUAGUGCACUAGUGUCCUAUCUGAGCAGACCGUCACAUCUCAUUAAAGGUCGUUUCACAAAGGUUUGUGCUUUUGCAAAGCCUUUACGUCGUCAACAAAUGCCCCGUUAUAUUUGGAGCAUCACACUGCCCAGUUAGGACAUACGAAAAAUCACGUCAAAUAACUCCACAGGCAACGUAGAACUUCCAUGACGUACAAAAUAUCAUGCCAUACAUGUAUAUUAAUAUAAUUUCAGAUGAUAAUCUAGUUUAGGUACACAAAAUCUCUGACAUUCGUAUUGUAAACAUAAAUGAAAUGGAUAUCUAUGUAAUCUUUUCUAUAGUUUUAAUAGUCGACUUCAAAAAUUCUAUGCGAAAUAUUACAAUAGUACAAAAUUGCAUGCGUGUUUUCUAAAUAUUUUUCUUUUCAAUUUUAAUCAUGACAAAUUUUAACAAAGUGAAUAUUUAUGUUUUAUUAUUUUAAAUUUUUAAUAAAUUUGUACAAUCUAACAUAUAUAUAGGGCUGGCUUUUCAAGAAAAUUAUAUUAAUAUUCUUUAAACUCUCUGUCAUUCUUUUGUGCGUUAUCUUUCGUCUUAUUGUUUGACAUUUGGUAGAUUGACUUUUUUAUGUUUCAAUGUGUAAAAUUGUGUGUUUUCAGAGAUAAAUUUAUUUCUUCAUGACUUUUUGAAAUGUAAUAAUAGUGUUAUAAAUCAAACGUUAUUCUGAUAAAAUAUAAUUAUCACGAACGGACUAGCAAAUUUAAUUAUCUAUGUUGAUUUCUUCAGUUGAAAUCGAAAAGGGGUUGAUAUAUAAAUUUUAUUAUAUUUAUUAAAAAUAGCUAGUUCAAAAACAAAAUUUCAUCGAAGUGGUAAAAUAUGAAUUUGUAUUAAAAUCAGUGCAGGUAAGGCAUUUCACGCACGUUGCAGUACUGUGUGCCUUACAACAAAAAAUUGCGUGAUUUGCAUCUGGGCAUGGCUUUAUUAUAUUUUUGAUCGUUUUCAUAAUAAUGAAUAUCAUUACAAUAUCCGUGGCUGUCCAUUGGAUCCCAUGAUAGUUGCUAUUAAAUAAAUUGCUUCCUGCAGACGUAGACAAAUGCUGUUGUCUUGUCAGCUACAUAAAAGAAAUAAUAAAUGGUUCUAGCAUUGUCUUUUACUGGCGAGUAUUAUUGCUGCGAAAUCUUCCACAGUCAAUUUAAUUGUACGCGGAAGAAAAAUAUAUAAUUUCGUCCUAUUUCGGUUCCCAGCGUGUUUGUACAAUUGAAAAUAUUUAUUGUAGACUUUAUAUUUAAUUAUUGUUUCGAAAAGCACUUCUUGAAUGAUUUUGCAAAUCUUAUUUUAUUUUUAUUGCAACAAUUCUCAUGAUCGUAAUUUUGAACUCUUUAAGAAUUUAAAAUUUUAUCUUUUUUUUUAUUUUUUUUAUUAAUUUAUUAUAAUAUCAUCGACAGAUAUCGUUACAUGAAUUUUAUGUUAUAAUAUUUUAUGAGACAUAAUAUAUCUAUUAAAAUUAUUUAUUUAGACAUUUGUUUUAAAAUGUAGUAAAGCGAUAUCCAUUAGGCACGUCGUCCACGACAUUACUCAAAACAUGACAGAUUCAAACUCGGAUGUGUCAACGUUGUAUUUUAAUGGCGGUUUCGAGUAGGUAAUAAUUUUUUUUUAAAUUUAUUGGCAUCGUAUAAGAACCUGUCAUUCUUAUAUCUAAUUAGCAGCUGGCUUACUCUAUUUUGAGUAGUAUCGUGGACGGAGGCCGAGAACAUUUUUAAACACCGACGUUUGAUGUCAUCUAUUUUAUUUGGAUGUUUAUAAAUUAAAGUAUACAUAAGAUAUUUAGAUCAAAUAAAUUAAUUUUUAGGAAUAUAAAUAUUUUAAAUAGAUAGGUUACUUAGAAUGUAGAUAAAUUGACAAACGACCCGUAGGAAAUAUGUAGAAAUAAAAUGUUUCGUUUAUUAAUAAUUAAUGAAAUAAAUACUACAUCUUCUUGUGUUACUAAUUGCCUGAUUGUUAAUUUUUAAAUGUCAGCGUAGUUUUUGAUUCCGAUUCAGCUAUAGCUUUGUAAACUUGUCGAUGGUAAUUUUAAGUCUUUCUUUCACAAUAAGAUCAAUGCGGGAUGUAUUCCAUAUACAUAUUUAACUAAUCUCACUGUGCAAGUUGCAAAGCUUUGUUAAGAAAUUCAAUAAAAAAUUAGACAUUAAUGAAUAAACGAAAUAUUAUUCUGCUUCGUGUGUAACAUCUGCAGGUACAUUUCACUAACGAAAUGUGCAUAAAUCUAUUGAUUUCAUAAGUUAUCUGUAUUUAAGUUUAUGUACCUAUUUUCAACGGGUUGUACGUUUAAAAUUGUAGGGUUUGAUGUUUGAGUAUUCUAAAAUAUCUUGUAUCCCAUAAUAGUUGGUCAUACCGCAGCAGAAAAUGAGCGGUCUAUUGCAUAUAUCCAUAGUAUAUCCAUAUCCGCACACUUUCACGCUUUCUGUGAAACAUUGGUAAACUUAGCACCUUCUGUACCAAAUAUACUAUAACCCAAAAAGUGGGCUGCUUCUGAAUCUCAUUCAUUAAGUAUUUAUGUUUAUUUACCUAAAAAAAAAAAACAUUGUACUAUUUUAAACGUAAUCACGUACUUGUUAGCAUUAAGAAUCUGUAAUUUAACAUGGCUGCCUGCCUAUACUAUAUAUUUUCUCGCGUGCUCACAUAAUAAUUUAAUCAAAAGUUAGAUAGAUAAGUUAAAAACGUCCUAUUCAUAAUUUUGAAUGUCGUUCACGAUGGUUCACGAGGUGGAAAUCAUGCGACAUCAGACCGUGAAAAUAUUCUUGAAUCAGGUUGUUGAUAUUUAUAUUGAAACUUUUAACAAAUUUUAAGACAGGAACGUUAUGAAUAAAUUACUCUUAGACAUUAUUUAAAAAUAUAGGUAGGUGAAAAAACCACGUGAUAAAUAACAGUAAAAUAAAUAAAUGUAUUACUUUUUAAGAUUAAUUUUAGAGUAAAUUAAUUUUUAAAUUACUUGGUUCUGUAGUUCUUAGGAUGUAUUAUUAUACAUUUCUUCUUUAAAUCGUAUAAUAUCAUCUUAUAUUAUUAAUGAUAUUGUAAUGAUAAUAUUAUUGAUGAAUUUUGUGAUGAAAUAAAAUUAGAAAAAUUGUUCAUGUCUUUAUUAUAUUCGAAUCGAUUAAUAAAUUGUAAGAACAUAAAAAAA